AUGACUUUUGUCGGCACUCUGCGUCAGUGGGAUGAAGCUGUAGCUAGUGUUGACAAAGAUGACUUGUCGAAGGCCCUCAGCAUUUUUCUGUCCAUUGAAGAACCCAAUUCCAAGAUCUAUUUUAACAUUGGUUGUCUUCAUCUGCUGUACCAAAACCUGGACGCUGCUGAGAAGGCCUUUGAUGGCAGCAUUUCCAAAGAUGAGCAUAUGGCUGUUGCCUUCUUUCAAAGAGGAAUCACAUGCUACAAGAAAGAGCAGUACGAGGAGAGUUUAGCUGAUUUCCAACAUGCCUUCAAGGAGCUGCGGGGGAACCAGCUGAUAGACUACACAACACUGGGUCUCAGAGUCAAACUAUUUGCCUGGGAGGUGUUACACAACAUGGCCUUGUGUCAGGCUCAGCUGGGACUCUGGGAGAAAGCCCAGGAGAACCUGCUCGCCGCUCUCGACUACAAGACGGAGGCCAAAGUCGUUCUGAUUGACAGAGCUCUGCAGUCCACCCUGAAACAGAAACUAUUCAAGCUGGUUGAAUUUCCGUCCAAAGUGUUGUUUAAACCAAAUAAGAACUACGUGGCUGAGCUAGAGAAAAGGGACUACCUAGGAAAAGCCAAGGUUGUUGCCUCCAUUAUUCCCCAGGAUGACUUCUCUGGCUUUGCUCCAUUAAUGCCACAGGCUGACAAUGGUCCGGCUGAUCCUAAAGCACCUGAAGUUCUGAGGGCUUUUGAAGGCGAACCCCAUACUGUCCUGUUUGAGUUUGUCCCUGAAACCAGUGAUGAACUGGCGGUCGUGCCGGGCAAUGUGGUGUUUGUGCUGCAGAAAGGAACCGACAACUGGGCCUCCGUCAUCUUCAAUGGCAGAAGAGGACUUGUCCCUUAUAACUACCUGGAACGUCUGGAGAUGACCUUGUCUUCCAAACGCAAUCAGGAUGGAAAUGACAACCGGCAGGACAUAUCAGAACCUCCAACCAGAGAACCACCAACCCGACCCAAGAGGAAACAAGCUCCAAAUCCAAACUCGGAGAGGGAAGGAGACACACAGACGGAGGAUGCAGAGAUGGGGGAAAGUAACACGUGCAUUGUCAAAGUCCAUUUCACCUACAACAUCGCCGUCUCUCUGUCUUCCGGGUCGGCCUACACAACACUGAUGGAGAAAAUCAGUAAGAAACUCAACCUGCCAGCCGCCUCAUUCACCUUGAGUUUUAACUCCUCAGAAAAUGGACUAACAGUGAUUGAUAGGAACACCGACAUGGAGAGCGUCUGGAUCAGCGCCAAUGGCGGCCGCAUCACCUUGUGGUGUGACGUAGAGGACGUAGACAACGUAGACAGAGAGAAAAUGGAAGAGGAGCCACAGAGCCAGACUUUCUUGGUAGCUGUUCACUCCUUCGACUCGGCAAAUCCAGAGGAUCUCAGUUUCCAUCAAGGAGACAGAAUCACACUUCUCUCAAAAGUUAACCAGGACUGGUUUGAGGGCCAGUGCAAUGGGAAUACUGGGAUAUUUCCUGCAGCAUUUGUGGAAGAAGUUUCUGAGAGGAGCCAGUAACACACCGUUAUCCUGAAUCUCCAUCAAGUGCAAUUUAAUAACCAUAAACAAAUUUAUAAAAAAUCCAGUAUAAUAUAUUGUCAGUCACAAAAACUGCCUGGCUUACAUAAAGAUUACAAGUCUGUUUCAUGGUGUGAAGUGACAGUUAAUGUCUUGGUGGGAUAACUGGUGACCUUCAUACCAUUUCCCCAGCAUGGUAAAUGUAUGAAUGUUAAUCAAAACGUGAAAGAUGGCAGCACACUGAAGUCUCGUUCUAGUGAAUUUAUUAUUUUAAGUUUGGACUGGCAAGUCAGCCUUUAUCAGGGUGCGACAAAAUAAUGAUAGACAUUUAGACAUAUGUACACAGUUACAUUCACAGGCGUAAGCCAUCAAGCAGAGGUUGCAUUCUGGGUAAUAAAAUCAAUUAAGCCAAUACCAUUACAUAAUUGUGCAGUAGUAAUGUAUGACUGCUUGCACGUUGUAGUGCACUGAAUGAAGUGCGUAACGCAUGAAUACAAGACGCUUUACAUGCAGGGAUGGAUUUUGGUUUGUGGGUGUUUGUGUGAGUUGAGUGAGGGGUAAAAUCAGGAAGCUUACAAGUACAAAGCACCCAGUCCAUAAGAACUGGAUAUGCUCUAAUUCUAUAUUUAUGUGGCCUGUCCAGGGUGUCUCCCUGCCUGUCGCCCAGUGACUGCUGGGAUAGGCUUCAGCAUCCCCGCGACCCUGAGAGCAGGAUAAGCCGUUCAGAUAAUGGAUGUGUGUGUGUGUGUGUGUGUGUGUGUGUGUGUGUGUGUGUGUGUGUGUGUGUGUGUGUGUGUGUGUGUGUGUGUGUGUGUGUGUGUGUAUAUAUAUAUAUAUAGGCCUCUUCAAUACAUUUCAAAUGUAGUUGCAGCGGGUGUAGAGUACUGAGGGGAUCUUCAACAAGAGUUUGUGGCAAGAGAAAUGUGGAGCAGCUUUUUAAAGAUUAAAUGCGUUUAAAAUGUUAUGUGACGACUUAAAAAUGACGGUAGAAUAAUCUAUUCUGUUUAGUGCUUAGUGUCUUUUCCCUCUAGUACACUUUGAUAAACUAGAACUGUGUGUAAUUUUAACUUAAGUCAUAUAUAUGCUAAAUAAAUAAAUUUGUCU